AUGUGUGUAGUGGAAGAUUUCCAGACCCAGAUGGGGGAAGCGCUCAUUUGCCUGGAGACCCUGACCCUGGAGGAAGCAAUGAUGUGGGCACAGGGCCCUAGAUGUGGCAGCUGCACACCAGGGGGCAAUGCCCUGGCUCUGGCUGGAGCCUUUGGUGCUCGUGGCCGAGCCUCUGCCCCAGCAAGUGCCACGCUGCUGGCCUGUGAGCUUGCCUGGUGUUUAGAGACUCCCAUGAUGCCCGAGGAAGUGAAACCUUUGAUUGAAAACUGCACCCUGGUCACGUGUAGCCCUUUGGAGAUUGGACUGCCUGGUCGUGAUGGACGAGAUGGCCCCUUGGGCGAGAAGGAGGAUCCAGACAUCGCUGCUCUGUGGCGGGAGAUGAAGGCCUUGCAGAUAGCCUUCCUUCAGUAUAAGAAAGUGGAGCUCUUCCCCCACGGCCGAGGUGUUGGCCAGAAGGUCUUCAAGUCAGCAGGCUUUGAGAAACCUUUCCAGGAGGCACAGCAAGUGUGCGCACAGGCUGGGGGGCAGCUGCCCUCCCCACGCUCUGAAGCUGAGAACCACGCCUUGCAACAGCUGGUUGAGGCUGAGGACAAGGGUAAUGCGUUCUUGAGCAUGACUUUCUCCAAGGUGGAGGGCAGGUUCACCUACCCAGGAGGGGAGUCCCUGGUCUAUUCCAACUGGGCCCCUGGGGAGCCCAACAACGAUGGAGGCAAUGAGUACUGUGUGGAGAUGUACACCAACGGCAAGUGGAACGACAAGCCCUGUGGAGAGAAGCGCCUUGUGAUCUGCGAGUUCUGAGCCCUCGGGGUGGGUGAGGCAGUCAAGGCCCAGGAAGCUGGCCCAGACACAUGUGCUGCCAACAUGACAAGGAAGAGCUGAGGGCUCUGUGGCUGGGCUUCUGCACAGAGCCAUGGGAUGACGCCAGCCAAGGGCUCCCAUGGAACUCCUCUCUCAGAAUAAAAUAUGAA